AUGUCCCAAAAUUCUUCCUUUUUUCAACAAGAUCCCACUCUCAAGCAAACCAUGGUUGAGAAGAGUAUUGCUGCUCAAAAGAUUGCCUAUUGUCCAUAUUCAAAAUUCCAUGUAGGAGCUUGCAUUCUCGGAACGAACGGAAAGUUCUACACUGGAUGUAAUGUAGAGAAUCAAUCGUAUGGACUCACUAUCUGUGCAGAACGAUGUGCUGUUUUUAAAAUGGUCUCGGACGAAUGUAAAUCUAUCAAGGCUGUAGUAGUCUCCACAAAUAUUGGAGUAACUCCAUGCGGAGCUUGUCGACAAGUAUUGCAAGAAUUUGCUGAUGAAAAUUCAAAAGACUUUCCAAUUUUGAUUGUAAAUUCAGAGAGUGGAUCAAGUAUUGAGAGUAGUAUGAAGGAAUUAUUGCCUAACGCAGUGGAUCUUCACUUUUUAAAAAGUGAACAAUAA